AUGGCAGCCGAAUCACGCGCGGCACUCGAGCUCGCCGGACGACUGCAUAACGAGACCAAGGAAUUCACUCACCCAACAACGGCUACAGUUGUCCACGAGAGUAAAGGAAUCGAGGGAACAUGCGCAGCCGUCUCGCAUAUCCUGGACACUCCCAUCACUCUGACCCAAAUUAACGUCAACGCCAUAAAAGCCAGCCUUGAUAGGACUGCCUUGAUCAAUACGACCAGUUGUCUGGACAGAACGCGAGCUUCACUGGAAAGCAUGGCCGCUGAACUCAAAUCCAAGUGGGCGGUGGCCGAUGCUGCUGGUACAGGCUUGCCCACGGUAUGUCGCCAAGCAUUGCUCCGCUUGCAAAAGUAA